AUGGCCACCGAUGAGGGAGAUUCUACACUAUUUGAUGUUAUCGCCGCAAACAGCUUCAAGAUGGGCGAAUAUGGUAAGUUUAAAUGGCAUGAGGAUGAGACCAACAUGCAUCAAUACGAGGAGGAUACGCUCCAUUACCUGAGUGGUCAAACACGCAGAGAGAAGCGGGGAAAACCGAUAAGUUUGUGGGGGUUUGUGGCGUGA